AAUGGAGGACAUGUUGGUGCAUCAUCAUCUCAUAACCAGAUAUUCUAUCGUUCUUCUUUCCAAAACUUGAGUGGGCAGAUCAUACAGGCUUCACCUAAUCUCAGAACUUUGUUUGGCUUUGAACUUUCAUCACUAUCUUUACCUGAUCUAAGGUUCCUAAGAGUUCUUCAUGUUGAGAACACAAGGCUAAAGAAUUUCUCAACGGUAAUUGGUGGGUGCAUUCACCUACGACACCUGAGUUUGAGAGGUUGUGGAAGAGUGAAGGUUCCCUCUUCAAUCAGGAAACUCCUUUAUCUGCAAACUAUACAUGUAGACUCCAAUGUACCAAGCUCCCUCUGGGAUAUACCUACUCUAAGAUAUGUAGAUCUUUGUGGUAUUUCUCUGCCAAGGAGUGUGCAAAUUUCACAAACCCUACAGGAGCUUCGCAUGUGGCCCACUGAUGAUGAAGUAUGCAAAGACCCGAUGCCAAUCUUGGAGAUGCUUCCUUGUCUUGUAGUGCUGGAGUUGCAUUGUUUUAUACCCGAAACAAUGUCCAUUGGUGCCCAAGGGUUCCCUCGUCUGCAAGAGUUACGACUUGAGGGAUGUUACUUUAACAAGUGGACUAUGGAGGUUGGGACAAUGCCAAAGCUAUCCCACCUGUCACUUGAUAUGUUCGAUAUGCUUGAUGAAAUUGAAAUCCCCGAUGGAUUACUGCACCUUCCAUCCCUCAGUUUUGUAUCACUGCAUGCGAGAGCAAUUGCUUGUUCGAGUCACAACACAGUGGAAGGGCUGAAGCAGAAAGGAUGCAAGAUCACAAUAGUUACUGUUCCCCUUUAA